AUGGCUGUCAAGCUUCAGACAUCGGACAGAUAUUACCUACUCCCUGAUGAAACAGACCUAUAUAGAGCAACAAAGUCCAAACGUUUCAUCACAAAAGUGAUGUUUAUGUGCGCUGUCAGUAGGCCACAAUAUUCAGCAGAUGGGCAAGAAUUAUUCGAUGGAAAGAUUGGGAUCUUUCCAUUUACAACAGUCGAGCCAACCAAGAGAAAAUCGAAAAACAGAGCAAAUGGGGUCUUAGAAGUCAAGCCAAUUCAGUCAAUAACCAAAGAGGUUACCAAAGAAUGCAUAAUCAAACAGGAUAAUGCAAGACCUCAUUUCAAGAAAGAUGAUCCAAAUUUUAUAGCUGCUGCCAACAGUGAUGGAUUCAAGAUUGACCUAGUCUGCCAACCAGCCAACUCCUCUGAUCUUAAUGUGAAUGACUUAAGUUUUUUUAGGGCUACACAAUCAUUGCAGGAUGACAAGAUAGCAAUAACAGUUGAAGACUUAGUGCAGAAUGGGUGUUUAACUGAGAUUAUGAAAGCUAAAGGAAGCAAUGACUACAAGAUUUCACACAUAAACAAAUAA